AAACCAAUACUAUAGAAAUAAACCAAGAUGUCUUUAGUUGUUCAAGAAGAAGGAUCCUUCCAACACAUUUUACGUUUAUUGAACACCAAUAUUGAUGGUAGAAUCAAGAUCAUGUACGCCUUGACCAAGAUCAGAGGUGUCGGUAGAAGAUACUCCAACUUGGUUUGCAAGAAGGCCGAUGUUGAUUUGAACAAGAGAGCUGGUGAAUUGACCCAAGAAGAAUUGGAAAGAGUUGUCACCAUCAUGCAAAACCCAACCAACUACAAGAUUCCAGCCUGGUUCUUGAACAGACAAAAGGACCAAGUUGACGGUAAGGACUACCACGUCUUGGCCAAUCAGUUGGAAUCCAAGUUGAGAGAUGAUUUGGAAAAAUUGAAGAAGAUCAGAGCUCACAGAGGUAUCAGACACUUCUGGGGAUUGAAGGUCAGAGGUCAACACACCAAGACCACUUCCCGUGGUCGUUAAAGAGGGCAUGUACUCAUAAUUAUAUUAUCCAUGUAAUUUAAUAUAUUAUAUUACGUAU